CGGAAUCUCUCAAAAAGAAAUGGUUGUCUCAUUUUGAACAUAAGGAACACAAACAAGACAUACAAAAAAUGGUGCAAGCAUAAACGAUUCAAAAUGCAGGGUUUAGUUCGCAAAGUGGUGUCACAGGCACACCGGCCCCAUCGCCACAUCUUCCAAACUCGAGUUCACAGCGCCUUCUCCUCAGUUCCCAAACCUUCACAACCCCAACUACAGCAAUUCAACCACAUUCCCUCUCUCUUCCUCCCUCAUCGUUUUCACUCAUGCCGCUUCCUUUCCACCAAGCUUCGCGCCUUUCUCUCCCAACCAAUGCCUCGCCACUUCGCCUUCAACACUCUUCAUUUUCGUCGACACAACUUCAAUUUCAACCACAAUUAUGCUUUUCUCCAGCGUUCCUGGAGAUCAUGGCUCCACAGGCUAACGCCUAAUGACAUGGUUUUGGGCUUGAUUAUAGCUAAUGGUGCUAUUUUUUUAUUGUGGGGGAUAGCAGAUGAGAAGUUUAUGAUAAAAAACUUUACUGUUUCUUUGGACAAUUUUAAGAGUGGACGUUUGCACACUUUAAUUACCAAUGCAUUCAGUCAUGUAGAUACCUGGCAUUUAGUUUUCAACAUGCUUGGACUCUACUUCUUUGGAUUGAAUGUUGGAAGAAAUUUUGGACCUGAAUUUUUGCUGAAGCUCUAUCUUGCUGGGGCAGUUGGUGGCUCUGUUUUUUACUUAAUGCAUCAGGCCUAUAAAGCACAAACAUCAAAGGACUGGAGAGCUAUGACUGUGUCAAAGGAAAUAGCAAUGGGGGCAAGUGGAGCUGUGAAUGCAAUUAUGCUACUUGACAUAUUCCUCUUUCCAAAAGCGACCAUUUACUUUAAUUUUUUUAUACCAGUUCCUGCAAUCUUUCUGGGUAUCUUUUGGAUUGGGAAUGAUUUGCUGCGGAUAAUGGAGGGAGACAGUCAAAUAUCAGGAUCUGCACAUUUGGGAGGUGCUGCUGUUGCAGCCUUAGCUUGGGCACGUGUUAGGAAAGGAAGAUUCUAAAUCGUUAUCCAUACCCUGCAAAACUUUUUAAGUAUCGUAUUUAUGUCAUUGGUUUAACAGCGUCGCAUACAAAAAUUUACUGUUUUUCUUUGCAAAUUUGAAUGAAAUUACCUUUUUAUACUUA